AUGUCGAGCAGCACUGAUGCAGCGCGCGACGCCGUCACCGUUAAGGGACACUUCACCAGCCUCUGCGACACCUACACUGCCGAAGUUCUCAACACUUCUCUCGCCAGCACAGAUGCCACACUCAACGGACAAAUAUGCUCAUUGGUGGUCGAGUUCGAGCUGUUCUGGCGCCACCUCUCCGUCGUCGGCGCCUUCUCCCCAAACGAUGAGAUCGACGACUACUCCACCACAGCGCUGGAGAUGCUGUGGACACCCUACAUUUUGGCGGACCUCUUCCAGCGCAUCCAGGGCCCCAUGAAGCGCGUCCAGGUCAGCCGCGAUGGGAACAGCGGUGAAAGCAGCAGCGGUACCACGCAGCGGCAAGCAGGGUCGGGAUACGAGCGCAUGCAGGGCGAGGACGUGCUGCGUCACAGCGAGCAGGGCAGUGAGGCGCAACCGACGGAAACGAUUGCGCGCUCAGCUGCCGAUUUGACCUUUCACUUCCUUCGAGAGGAGGAGCUGCGAUCCUUGUCGCGGCAGGAGGCACUUUCUCGCUCCCACGCAUGGCUCAAGGUCUUCUUUGAGUGGAUGCAGAACGUCCAGCUUCUAGACAAGAAGACGCUGGACACGUAUGCCGUAUACCGCGCCGAUCAGCGGUCGCAGCGUAUUGAACUCUCUCGAACCAUCGCGUCGCUUAGGGCGACGCUGAAGGCCGAGGAUGACAAAGUGAGUUACCUCCGCGCGAAGCGGCGCCGCAUGCGGGAGCUGAUGGCCGAGGAGGGCGAGUCCCUAGAGGAAACGGGAGGCGAGGAGGAGGAGACGCUGCGUGCGCGUGCGCUGGCGCGACUGAAAUGGUCUAUCUACGAAGGCUGCCAUCAGCUUCAGAUAUCUUCUCGUGAGCUCAGCAUGCUCGAGGCACUAAACCCAGAGCAGCGGGCCACCAUCUCGAAGCAGUACCAGGACACCAUGGACGCCGUGCGCCGAGGGGAGCUGUCGCUGGGUCGGCACACCUACACGAUUCUGCCGGGCGGCAUGAUGGCGACUGGGACGGUUGAUCACCCGCAGCAGGUGCGCGCCAGCGACAUUGUGCAGUCGGGCGGCGUUACGGCACCUGCAGUAACCAUGGCGGGUGCCGUCUCCUCUUCACUCGUUUUCAACGGCGCCAAAAACACCGAGCUGUACCGUCAGCAGGUCCGGAAUGAACUGAUGAUGGACCGCAACGCUCCAACAAUGACGCUGAAGGAGUUCGCCGAGCUGGAGAUGGCGGAGGUUCAGCGGCAGAUGAGCGAGGCUCAGGCGAGGCAGCAGCAGCAGGCUGAGGAGGAUGCUUGCCUUGGUCCCGAUGGCGUAGAGGAACGGCAGCGGCAGAAGGACAGCGCCUGGGACAACUGGAAGGACGAUCAUCCAGUCUACGGACUGACAAACAAGGGCAACUACUCGUGA